GUAGAAUGCAACGAGCACUUCAAGCUUUUACGGCUUGUAGAAAUACUGUGAAAAAUGCGGUCUUGCAUCGCAUUCGGGUUGCCAAUCCAGUUAUGCGACCCGUUACGGUUUCCAGAUUAUUUUCAUCUGCUACUAUGGAAGAACAUGGCUUCGAGAGCACGACUAUUUCUGACGUUUUGAAAGCCAAAGGUAAAGGUGCAGAUGGCUCCUGGCUUUGGUGCACUACAGAUGACACUGGGUACGAUGCUGUGAAGUCGAUGACCCAACACAAUGUCGGUGCCUUGGUGGUUGUAAAACCUGGAGAGCAGAAAUCAAUUGCGGGUAUCAUCACAGAGAGGUAGUUAACAUGGACACCCUGAUAAAAU